UCAGCACCAUGACUACUUCUGGGCAUGGAACAAAGAGGAUGCUCUCCCGGGGCCCCGCGCUGUUCCUGGCGCCGCUGCUGCUCCUGUGCCGAGUGGUGGAGAGCCGAGGAGGGAUCAUGGACAGCAUCCAGAGAUUCUCAAACCUGCCAACGUAUCUCCCUGCGAGCCCUCACGUCUCCAACGCUGAUAUUUUCUUCUUCCUCAAAGAAGCCAACCAGGAUAUCAUGAGGAACUCCAGUUUGCAGUCUAGGGUGGAUUCAUUCUUUAUAUACAAAGCCAAGCAGCCACCUGUCCUAAAUGCCACGUACGGACCCUUUUCUGUUGAACAACCCGUUCCCUUGGACCUCAUGCUGACUUCUGCAUCUUUUGGUUUCACAAAUAAAUUCACUUUUAAUUGGAAAUUAAAAUCCCACAUAAUCAACAGCUCCAUCUAUUCCAACAAACCUAAAAUACAAACCUUGUUCUAUAUUGCGGGGAGGGACUGGGAUGACUACGACUCCGAGGAGAUGCUGCCUUGUGUGAAGAUGUUUGCUUUCCUGGAGUCCAGAGAAGUGGUGGCCAGCUGUAGGUUGACAGGCCACCUAGGAUUAUGUGUUGUGGAGUUGGAAUUGUCUCCCAGCUGGUUCAGCUCCCCUCCACCUCUGGUUUCAGAGGAAACAUCCUCCCUUGAAGGGAUUACUGUGGAGCUCUUCUAUAAGAUUUAUUCAGUGGAUGGGGAAUGCUCUCCAGAGGAUGCAAAAUGGGAAAACAAUAUCCAUGCAGGUGAAGAGAAUGAACACCAAGCUUUGUCAGCUAUGGAGAGGAUUGGUAGCAUCGUUGUUUACCCAAAUCAAGACAAAUUAAAGCAAUCUUCACUGAGGGUGGAUGAAAAUAUCCUUAUUCACUUACCACUCAGCCCAGUCAGAGAGGGUGACAUUGUGACCUUCCACGUUUUCCUGGCUGAUUACUCGCUAGCAGACCAGUUUGUAUUAAGGAUCAGGACAGCCCCAGGUGUGAAGAUCUCGGACAUCAGGGUCAGCGAUGCCGACCAGUGGGGUGUGCAGGAGGAGACGGACAGCGCCAGCACCACGGCCACGCUCACCUGCGUGCACAACGACCCCGGCGCCGAGGACAGAGCAAACAUGACCUCCUACGAGAUCCUGCAGAUGGAUUUUGAGAUUGACAAUGCCAGCAGCCUGGCAGGGGCCCAGCAGAUCACCUGGCAGGUGGAAUAUCCACGGGACGACUCCGUCAGCGAGCUCGUGGUGUCCGACCCUGGGACAUCCCCGUGGUGUUGUGCUCCUCUGACGCCUGUGCUGUGUUUGUGUGUGCCCCAGGACACGGAAAUCCUCAACACAGCCAUCCUCACGGGCAGGAUGGUGGCUGUUCCAGUCAAGGUGGUCGCAGUGCAGGAGGACGGCUCCGUGGUCGACGUCUCGGACUCCACCGAGUGCAGAUCUGCUGACGAAGACGUCGUAAAGGUUUCUGACAGCUGUGACUCCAUCUUCGUUAAUGGCAAGGAAAUGAAGAGCAAAGUGGAUACGAUUGUUAACUUCACUUACCAGCAUUUCACCACCCAGCUGGAAGUGACGGUCUGGCUUCCCAGGCUCCCUCUGCAGAUUGAGAUCUCUGACACAGAGCUCAGCCAGAUCAAAGGCUGGAGGAUUCCUGUCACCUCCAACAAAAGGCCCACCCGCGACAGCGAGGAUGAGGAGGAUGACGAGAAGAAAGGCAAGGGCUGCACCCUGCAGUACCAGCACGCCUUGGUGAGGGUCCUGACCCAGUUUGUGGCCGAAUCCUCGGAGUUUGGGGGCCAGCUGAGCUACCUGCUGGGCUCGGAGUGGCAGUUCGACAUCACCGACCUGGUGGCCGAUUUCAUGAAGGUGGAAGAGCCCAAGGUUGCCAAGCUGCAGGAGGGAAGAGUGCUGGCUGGGCGUGAGCAGGGCAUCACCACGGUGCAGGUUCUGUCCCCUCUCUCGGAUUCCAUCCUGGCAGAGAAGACAGUGAUCGUUCUGGAUGACCGGGUGACCAUCACAGACCUGGGGGUGCAGCUGGUGUCAGGCUUGUCCGUGUCCUUCCAAACCAGCAAAGGAAAUAAGAGAGCCCUGGUUGCUACCACCUCUGCCCACGACAUCCUGCGCUCCCCCAAACAGGAGGCCGUGGUGAGUGCCUGGGUUUUGUUCAGUGACGGGUCGGUGACGCCCUUGGACAUCUACGACUCCAAGGACUUCUCCAUCUCCAUCACGUCCCUGGAUGAGAUGGUGGUGUCGUCACAGCAGAGCCUUCAGUCCCUCUGGCCCGUCGUGGUGGCCGAAGGGGACGGGCAGGGGCCUCUGAUCAAAAUUGAGAUGGUCAUCAGUGAGACCUGCCAGAAAACCAAGCGCAAGAGCGUCCUGGCUGUCGGGAAAGGAAACGUCAAGGUGAAGUUUGGCCAGAAAGAUUUGGACCAAAAAGGGAGCAGCAACGACAUCGAUGACCUGGAGAAAGAUUUCAAAAGCCAUGCAGGCAACGCUAUAGAGAAAGCUGCAGAACAAGAGAGGACAGCACAAGACUGGUCCAAAAACCACGAGGACGUGUCCGGUCCUGAGGACAAUGCAAACAAAAGCACAACUUUCAUAUCUCCCAUUGAUCAGGAGUCCCUGGAGGAUGGCCAGCUUCAAAACAACCCAACUGCCUUCACAGGUUUCCCUACCCAAGUAGAAAUUCCAGGAGAAAACAAUCCCAGCGAUCUCUCAUUGACUUCCAGAGGAUUGACAGACCUGGAGAUCGGCAUGUACGCGCUGCUCUGUGUUUUCUGCUUAGCAAUCUUGGUCUUUUUGAUUAACUGUGUGGCAUUUGCUUGGAAGUACAGGCACAAAAGGUUUGCUGUGAGUGAGCAAGGCAACAUCCCCCAUUCCCAUGAUUGGGUCUGGCUUGGAAAUGAGGUGGAGCUCCUGGAAAACCCAGUGGACAUUUCGCUCCCAUCGGAGGAGUGCACUACCAUGAUUGACAGAGGGAUGCAGUUUGAAGAAAGCAACUUUCUCCUUAAUGGGAGUUCUCAGAAGACUCUUCAUAAUCAUAUCCUCAGAUCUUCUGAGUACCUUUGUGAAAAAGAAGUUAAAAGUGAACCUAUAAAUCCUUCUGGGCCAAAGCAGAAGCGAGUAAAGUUCACUUCAUACACAACAAUACUGCCGGAGGAUGGAGGCCCCUACACCAACUCAAUUCUAUUUGACAGUGAUGAUAAUAUUAAAUGGGUAUGCCAAGAUAUGAAUCUUGGUGAUUCCAAGGAACUUAGGGACUAUAUGGAAAGACUGCAAGACAAUAUGUAAAACUACUUUCUUAUGUUUGUAAUCACCUUUAUGCCUUCUGUUUAUGGAUGGUGGAGCAGUCAGUCCAGUCAGCAAUAGGAACAAGACAGUCCAACCCUGGAGGUCCUGAGAUGAUAACCUGAUAUCAGAGAGCAGGUCCAAGAGGCUGGCUGAGUUAAUCCUGUUUCACCACAAACCAGGAUGUGCCCCUAAAACAGCUCCCUGUAGGUGUUGGAGGUGUCACACACACGAUGGCUGUUUUUGUAUACUGCCUGGUACUAGCAAAAUGCUAAUCCAACUGCGCUCCGGCCCAGAGGAGACUUCAUUUGUUUGCCAUCUCUCAUGAUAAAUGGUAAAUCAGAAAAGAAAGGGAUGUUUGUUUGCAUUGAUUUUUUCUAGUCGUCGUCCUUUGUAAAGCACAGUGGACAUUUCUUGCUUACAGCCUGAGAGGAGGCUCAUGGAAAAAGGGAUCGCAAUGAAUCUCAUUUUAUUGCCUAUGUGCAAUGCAGCCAAGUAGUCUUAUUAUUUUUUACAGAUAUAAAAACCCCCAUGUGGUUAAUUUCUUCUUAUAUUGUUUGUGAAUUUUAUUUGACUUAGGGAACAUUAAAUAUUUUCUUUGAAGGGGUUUGAUUUUUAUUUUUUUUUUGGUUGUACCAAAGUGUAGUACAGUAAUAUUUAUAAUGAUUUGAGUUUUUUAUUCAUCUGCUUCAGCCCCCAGAGAUACCUCCUUCAUUGCUGGUUAUCUUCCUCCUUUCCAUAUGGGUCGUUAGUAUUUGAAACAUAGAAAGGAAUUAGAACUCUUACUGGGAAAGGGUUGUGUCUUCUUACAGGGAACUGUAAAUAUAAUAAUAAACCCUGGAAAAUAAAAAUCAAGGAGUAGCCCCGGGUUCACUUUUGUCAUUGCUAAUAUGAAAAAAAAAAACCGGAAAAAAAAAACCCCAGCACAGUCUUCAAAGGGAAAUGCUUUGCUGGAACAGUAGCUUGGCUGACAAGACAUUUUAUUGUCUGAGUGAGAAAGUCAAAUAUGGCAUUGAAACAUAAAAUAGGGAGGAAAUUUCCCAGGAAAUGAGCAAAGCUUGGAGUCACUGUCACUCUGUACCAGUGAAUCCAUUGGUGGUAGAGUUCAGCAGGCCAGAGAAGUUCAUGCCCCAGAACUCGUCUAAAACAUCCCUGGCCACGAAGACAUUACAGAGAAAAACUUUCCACCAUGGUUCAUUAAAAAGAAAAGACACGUUGGGUCUGCAGUCACACAAGGAACUAUCCAAUUUUAUCAAGGGAAAAGUUCAAAGCUGCCAUUUCAUGUGUAUCACAUGUAUUUUUUUACUGAAGGAUGACUGAGAUAAGUUGAAAAUUACAGUUAGGAAAAACCUGAAUCUGCAGAAUAUUUAAACCCCCCAGUAAAGCACACGUUCUUGUGAUGGAUCCUGUGCAAUAACCACAAGAGCUAAAUGACAGCUGCCUUACAAACUGCAGUUCCCAUCUUUUAGGUAGAUCAAAGCAAGAUUUGAAUUUGUACUUCAGUGGUGAUACUCAAACAAAGCAGAAAAUUGGGAAAUUCUGCGUUUGGGUCCUAAUUCACAACCGGGAGCAUAUUUAAUGUAACUUGUGCAAAAUACAGGAAUUUUAACACUGAGAUGAAAAGUGAGGACACCAGACUUAUAUAAGUGAGUAGAGACUUACUUUUGCUGGCACUGAAGUGCACAGGGAAGGGAUGGCAUCUGUUCUAAUCUAAUUUGGAGGAGAGAAAAUAAUAGAGCACAGAUUCUGUUUCAUAAGGGAUGCAGCACUUGUGUGUCAGAUGAAGUCUUGGGUUGUUUAACAAAUGUUCUCUCCCCUCUCAAUGAUCCAGGAAAUAAGGAAAGCUGAAUUCCUACAGUGAUCAUUGUAUCUAACAAAAAAACCAAACCCUUUUGUAGAAUUUAACUUCUCUUCCCAAUGUGUUAUUUUGUAUUUGGCCCAAACAGAGAGCAGAACAAAAAACCCCCUAUUUACUGUUGUUUGCACAUUAUAAACUGACCACAAAUUGAUUUAGUCUUGAAAUCAAACCAAGCUGCUGCUGGCAGGUGCAGAGGGCAAAGAGCCCAGCUGGGCCUGAGUGCAAACCUCUCUGUGUGCUGUGGUCUGACAGCAGAGCACGGAGCCAUUUCCUCAUGGAAACCUUUCCUUCCUUCCCUCUGAGCUCCAUUUCCUCA